GGAAUAUAAAACAAAUAAAUAAAAGUCCGCAACAGUCUUCACUAUGAAUCUAAUGCUAACCGCAAAGGCCAGCUUGGCAUUAUUUCAUCAUCCCUACUUUGUCUUCGAGCAAUGAAUUGAACACCAACCACCAACAUCACUUUUCCAAACCCACUAUAAAAACAAUCAAAAGGGAGAAAAAAAAAGAGAGCAAGAAACAAAAUGUCCCCCUCCCUCCGCCGCCUCAUGAAAGAAGCCGCCGAACUCUCCUCCUCCCCCUCCCCCCAUUUCUGCGCCCACCCCGUCUCCGACACCAACCUCUACGACUGGCACUUCACCCUCGCCGGCCCACCAGAACCAUCCCCCUACGCCUCAGGAAUCUACCACGGCCGCAUCGUCCUCCCACCAACCUACCCACUCCGCCCGCCGAGCUUCCGCUUCCUCACGCCCACCGGCCGGUUCGAGGUGAAUCGUGAAAUCUGCCUGAGCAUCUCGGGCCACCAUGAGGAGAGUUGGCAGCCGGCGUGGGGGAUUCGGACGGCGCUGCUUGCGAUUCGCAGCUUUAUGGAUGGGGAGGCGAAGGGGCAGGUGGGUGGGUUGGAUGUGAGUGAGGAGGUGAGGAGGGAGUAUGCGGUGCAGAGUCGGGGGUGGUGUUGUGAGGUUUGUGAGGGGGGGAGGUCGAACGAGGAGGUGCUUGGGAGUUGGAGGGAGGUUUGUCGGGAGGCGGGGGUUGAGGUUGAGGGGGAUGGAGAGGAGAAGAAAGAUGGGAAAGAUGAGAAAGAUGAGGAGGAAUGCGAGGUUGAAAAGGAGGAAUCUCACGAUACCGUGGCUCAACCUGCUCAGACUGCAGCUCCCAUCCCUACUCCUACUCCUACUCCUACAACCACAACACAAACACCACAACCUCAAACGCCAACAGAACAAGCACCACCAUCGAAUCCCCCAAUCACACCAGCUCUACAACCUCCCCCCGAAUAUCGACCACAACCACAACCACAACCUCAAGGCCAACCCCCCGCAACACAGCAAUCCUCCGACGGCCCCUGGCUAGAUAGAGCCAUUAUCGGCGUGCUGAUUGCGCUGGUAUUCAUGAUUCUGAGGAGGGUUGCAAACUCGGACGACUGAAAGAAAAGAUAUAUGAUGUUUGCAUUUGAUGUCACUGGCGCUGGGUUAUGGAUUGUUAUAUUUAUGGAUUGUUAAGCGGGCGUUAUGGGUUUCUUUUGUCUUAUGUUUUCAGACAUUCACUCGUUGGGAUGGAGAUGGUAUAUCUGUUUUAGUAUAGACAGUGGAUAUCAUUGAAUAGCAGUACUAUCUGCAUGAUAUAGUAGGAUUCAGCAGUUGAAUAGAGUCAUCGCUAGACUACUAGAUAC